AGCGGUUUUGCUCAAAAACACGCCUUAAAAAAUUCCAUGUUACUAAAAUAAGUUAUGAAAAAUACAGCGUAGCAUUGGUGCCUUAGAACACAUUCGCUGGGGUAACUGGGGUAUAUUGAACCGGUGGCUACGCUUUAACUGGGAGUUCGGCAGAUGGCAGUGGAAGCAGCGCUUGCCCCCAUACGGCCCACAUGACUCAGUAAUUCACCACGCUGUACGAUCCUAAAACCUUCCUGUACCUUUAAAUGCAAGUCGACCGCCUCGGACUCAUCCUCGCCUAUUUAUUCACUCAUGAAAAAAAUCCCCAGCGUAUGCUUUCCAGUGCAGGCUGAUUUGCCGCAAUUUAUCGCUAUUUGCAUUAAAACACCGCAGCGGUUUGUGGAAGGAAAGUCCGCAGCACGUUUCGGCAGAAGCUCGGCGGUCAGGCGCUGGAAACAAAGUUAAAGGGUUAGUUUGCGUCUUCCGCGUCCAGCGCCAUAGUUGGAGUUUGGAGGAAAAGGUGCCGAACAGGUCAGAUCCCACAUCACUUCGGUGUCAGAAAGCAUCCUGUUAUGGACAUUUCUGAGCCGUGGCUGUGAAGUGGAGUAAGUGAGCGGAGAAAAAUCUCGAUCAAGUUGGAUCUGGCGUCUUCGGGACGGAUUAUGCAGUGAGCGGCCGCGGGACCUUUUCAGCCGGAGUAACUUUGGAUUCCGAACAGAUGCUUGUGUGAAUGUAUGAAUAUUUCCGCGAGUUUUGGAGUUUUUGGAUCGAUGCCCGUUUUGUAUGAACUUUUAUCAGAUCUUUACGUCGUAUUCCUAUUUUCAGGGCAAAAGUGUUUCCUUUGAGUCUUUGAAUUUAUAUUAACGCGGGUUUGUCACAUUUGUGCAAAAGGUAGUUUAUAUUGUAUCCGAUUUGUAUAUUUUUAACGACGCUUUCAUGCGCCAGCAUUGGACGCGUUCAAGAACAUACCGGCAUUUAAAAUUUUAACAUUUUGUUUUCGGCUGCGUUUUCAAAAUGGAUAAAUAUGAUGAUCUCGGACUGGAAGCCAGCAAAUUUAUCGAAGAUCUCAAUAUGUACGAAGCGUCCAAGGAUGGACUGUUCAGAAUGAAGCGAGAUGCGGGGAACAAUCCUGACUUUGAAGAAACUAGGAGGGUAUUUGCUUCAAAAAUGUCCAAAAUCCAUAUGCAGAAGCACCAGGAGGAAUUGGCAAAAAACAAUUUGGCGGCGAAGCUGACUGACGGCCUCAGUGGGCACGGUCGAACACCGGAUAAUGCAUUCUACACCAAGGAUCGGCCACCACUCAAUAGCUACAGACCUGCAAACGAGGCAGCUGCCAAACCUCCUAUUCUGUCUGGGCCAACGCCUGGUGCUGUCACUGCCAACCAGGUUGUCUCUUCUGAGGGACAAAAACAGCAUCGCACCGCUCACCAGGAAGGUCCGGGGAAUAGAGGAUACAGCUAUGGAAAUAAUAAUGAUGAUUAUAAGGAGAUUCUGGAUCCACAUUCUUUCCAUACCUUGGCUCCUGGAACAUCUUCCUACCACCCAGUGUCCCUGUCCCUACAUGGUAACCCUCCAAGCAGUCCUGCAGCUGGCUGGGGUCAUCCCAUCCAAGGGGGUCAUCCCAUCCAAGGGGGUCAUAGCCCAGCUGUGAUCCCGGCAUACACAGAGGUCCAGCAAGGGCAAGAACCAGCUGCACAGUAUAAGCCGGCCCCACAGCCCCCUAGACCCCCUCUCACUCCCAACAGCUGCCCAUCACCAGGGCUCCAUCCACCAGCAUCCCUUGUAUUCGGCCAGACCCAGGCAGGCAACCUGGAGUCCCCCUGUGACUUCCCUCCCCUGGGUGCCCCAACAGCGAGUGCUUCUCCCGAGGUCUCCUGGGUCCGUGCUGGGGAUGCCCACGGUGUGGGGCGCCCCUCACCCACGUCCCACCCCCCGAGAAGUCCCUUCAGCGACACCGCAGACUCAAACUCUCCAUCUUCUCGGCAGAUUAUGGCACAGGUCAGUUCUGGUGCCAGGCCUUCCAAAGGGAACCCUGCUCAGAAUGGGCUUCAUGGAGGUCUUGCAUCAUCUUGUGUACCUCACCAAUCAGCCGUGAGGAUUCCAGUACCAUCUGAGAUACUUCACUCCAAGAUCCCAAGUGGUGAUCCAGCCUAUCUGGACCAGAGCAAUUCCCUCACCCAUGGGUCCACCUGGAGCCCUUCUCAGGGUCCGAAUACUGACAGCCAGGGAUCCAUAACAGUGGCCCUCAACCAGGACGCAGAUGGCUCUCCGCUCCCCUCAACUCCGGUGUCUAAACAGGAGCCUUCCACCCCCACCAGACUGAACCCUCUGCACUGUCAGACUAUCCAUUUACAGCCAGAGCAAGGACCCUCAGCUGCUGAAAUAAAAUUAGAAGCUCUUACGAAGCAGCUGGGAAAGGAGAUGGACGCCCAGCCAAAGGCUGAUUACUUCGGAAACUGUAUGAAGUGUAAGAAGGCAGUGUACGGAGCCAGCCAAGCCUGCCAAGCCAUGGGCAACCUCUACCACGACGGCUGCUUCACCUGCAGCGCCUGCAGUCGAAGGCUGCGUGGGAAAGCAUUUUACCAUGUCUGUGGAAAGGUUUUCUGUGAAGAGGAUUUCCUGUAUUCUGGCUUUCAGCAGUCGGCAGAUAAAUGCAAUGUGUGUGGCCAUCUAAUUAUGGACAUGAUCCUACAGGCGCUGGGGAAGUCUUAUCAUCCCGGAUGUUUCCGCUGCGUGGUGUGCAGUGAGACCCUGGAUGGUGUGCCCUUCACGGUGGACACGGAGAACAAGAUCUACUGUGUGAGGGAUUACCACAGGGUUUUGGCGCCCAAGUGUGCAGCCUGCAGCCAGCCCAUCCUGCCCUCUGAGGGCUCUGAUGAGACCAUCCGUGUCGUGUCGAUGGACCAGGACUACCAUGUGGAGUGCUACCGCUGUGAGGACUGUAAGAUGGAGCUGAAUGACGAGGAGGGACAUCGCUGCUACCCGCUGAAUGGGCAUUUAUUGUGCCAUUCCUGCCACCUGAAACGCAUCGAAUCCAACGCCCGCCAGCAGUUUUAGGAUUCUGCUGCCACCUAAUGGCUAGAAAGAUAUCUCCUCUGAAAGCUGACAAAAUUUGAUUAGAACUUCCUGACGUUUUUUCUCAUAUUGAAGAAACAUCUUCAGCAUAUACCUGAGAAAAAUUAUUUAUGUUUACAAUUUUUAUUGCUGUUUGUUUUAAUCUAACAAUGGAAGUACUUCUCAUACAUGUAAACAGUGAUACUUGUAACCACACCCAAUGAUUUUUAUUUAUCGUUUUUUUGUGUAUUUUUAAACGAGACAGGUAAACAAUCAAACCUUGUGGCAAGUAUUGUGUACGAACAGGAAGGAGAGAUCAGUACUGAUACAGCUCAGUGUUUAUGAACUGGGAGAGAAUUUCAGCCCAAAACCUGCCUGUACAAUAUUAUGUUUGCAAUUAAGAAAGUUGCCUUAAAAUUGGCAUCAUUUAAAAAACAGCACGUCCAAGUAUAGACACACACAUCAGUGGACAGCAUUGUUUCUUAAGAAGCUGUAAUUUGUGUUAACAAUUUAUAUAAUUUUCACAGAACAGCCAUUGUUUGCCUGUUGAAUGAAUGUGAAAAAUCCUUUGAUAUUUAAGUAACGUUAGGCCAAAACCUUUACUGAUUUUUUUUUUCUCUCUGCUUUUCAAGUGUUACAUUUUGAUAUUUAUUUCUGGAUAUCUUGAUCCAAAUGUUUCUGCAGUUUAGAUAUUUUUCAGAGAUCUACAUGCAGUUGCUGUACGUUUGUAACAAUGUUAAAACCAAUUGCAAGAGUCCAUUAAAAAAAAGUCUAUGAAAAUCAUUCUCCAAGUUAGUUUUAUAAGGUUUGGGAUCUUCUUUCGCUUCCUAGGACACAUAUUGUCUCCAAAACACAUUGUGGCUUAUGAUGCAGUAAUAUUUGUGCUGUAUUUGCUGUAACAUUAAAUCCAGCAGCUGAUUCAGAAAGUUUCACUUCUUACAAAGUAA